GUUUUUCACAUUAUUAAUUAUUCGCACGACCGCUUAAAGAUGCUCAUUUAGUCCCAUAUGUUUAGUUAAGUGUGUAUAUAUAUCACUACCAGAAGCUAAGAGGAUAGAAGGACAAGCUGCAAAACAUACCUGAACAUCUGCUUAUUCCCAUAAGCAUGAGUGAAGUAGUGGAAGUGGCAGUGAUCCCAAAAAAUGGGAUGCCUGGGGAAACCUCUCCAGCCAUCUCAGCCCCACCAUUUCAGCUGCAUUAUUCACCAUCUAUGACACGUUCACCACUUCUUAGCUCAGCCCCAAAGACGCCAAAGAGCCCAUUCACCCCGCCUCUGAUGACCCCAAUAGCAAGCCCAAUGAAGAAGGCCAUCACGAGCAUGCAGAAUUACUUGGAAGAGGUUGGCCACUUCACCAAGCUCGAAACCCAGGAUGAUUGGCUUCCCAUCACCGAGUCGAGGAAUGGUAACCUAUAUUACUCCGCAUUUCACACUUUGAGUUCCGGGAUUGGAGCUCAGGCCCUGGUUCUUCCCCUAGCUUUCACAGCUCUUGGUUGGACUUGGGGAAUAUUGUGCCUGUCACUGGUGUUCACAUGGCAGCUCUACACUCUAUGGGUAUUAAUUGAACUACAUGAAUCUAAAGCGGGGAUACGUUAUAGUAGAUACCUCCGACUCUCGAUGGCUGCUUUCGGGGAAAAGCUGGGCAAGAUACUAGCACUCUUUCCAAUAAUGUAUUUAUCUGGUGGAACAUGCGUGGCUUUGAUUAUGAUCGGUGGCGGGACCAUGAAGCUAUUCUUUCAGGUAGUUUGUGCAGACACGUGCAAAAUAAAUCCACUGUCAACAAUAGAGUGGUACCUGGUAUUCACUUGCUGUGCCAUCAUUAUCGCACAGCUUCCCAACUUGAACUCAAUUGCUGGAGUUUCACUUGUGGGGGCCAUCACCGCAAUCGGCUACUGCACCUUAAUAUGGGUACUGUCCAUAAGCCGAGCAAGGCCUGAAGGUGUGUCAUAUAAGCCACUGAAGGCAAAAUCCGACAUCGCUCAGGUCUGCAGUGUCCUCAAUGAGAUAGGAAUAAUAGCUUUUGCUUUCAGAGGCCAUAAUCUUGUCCUAGAAAUACAGGGAACUAUGCCUUCAAGUCCGCAAAAGCCGUCUCGCAAAGCAAUGUGGGGAGGAGUGAAAUUCGCCUAUCUAGCAAUCGGAAUGUGUUUGUUUCCCCUUGCAAUAGGCGGCUACUGGGCAUAUGGAGAUCGGAUACCUGCAAACCAAGGGAUGCUAAAUGCACUGUACCAAUACCACAGGCACGACACAUCGAAAGUUAUCCUCGGGUUAACAAGUCUACUCGUCGUAGUUAACAGCCUAAGCUCGUUUCAGAUAUAUGCUAUGCCAGUAUUUGACAAUCUGGAGUUCAGGUAUACCUCUAACAAGAACAAGCCAUGCCCUCAGUGGCUGCGAUCAGGCUUGCGCGUCUUCUUCGGAUGCCUCGCAUUCUUUAUAUCAGUGGCAUUCCCCUUCCUGCCAAACCUGGCUGGGUUGAUCGGAGGAAUUGCUUUGCCAAUCACUCUAGCAUAUCCUUGUUUGAUGUGGAUUCUUAUCAAGAAACCCCAGAGAUAUAGCGCAAUGUGGCUCAUCAACGGAGUCCUGGGAAUGACUGGGAUGAUCCUCAGCACUCUUAUCAUUGUUGCAGCAAUUUGGAGUAUUGUGACUAUCGGAAUACCAGUUCAUUUCUUCAAGCCAGAGUAAGGUCCUCGCUCGACGCUAGGAAAAUCCAUGUAUACAA